UUUGCUGUGGCAGCUCAGCAGCAACACUGUGGAGAAGAUUCUGUCCCACUAGACUGCGAAGAUAUUUAUGACCAAGGUUCAGAAACAGAUGGCGUGUACCUCAUUUACCCUGCAGGCCCCAAUAUCCCAGUGCCUGUGUAUUGUGAUAUGACAACUGACGAUGGAAAAUGGACGGUUUUCCAGAAGCGUUUCAAUGGUUCGGUCAGUUUCUUUCGGGGCUGGAGUGACUACAAAUUGGGCUUUGGCAGAGCAGAUGGAGAAUAUUGGCUGGGAUUGCAGAACAUCCACCAUCUGACCCUCAAGCAGAAGUAUGAAUUACGUGUGGAUCUGGAAGAUUUUGAGAACAACACAGCUUUUGCCAAAUACGCUGACUUCUCCAUCUCACCAAAUGCGAUCAGUGCAGAAGAAGAUGGUUACACAUUGCACAUAUCUGGUUUCACUGAUGGAGGGGCAGGAGACUCACUGUCCUAUCACAACGGCCAGAAGUUCUCCACCUUUGACCGUGACCAAGACCUUUACCUGCAGAACUGCGCAGCACUCUCUUCAGGUGCUUGGUGGUUCAAAAGCUGCCAUUUUUCCAAUCUUAAUGGCUUCUACCUUGGUGGGGUUCAUCUCUCCUAUGCUAACGGCAUUAACUGGUUCCAAUGGAAGGGGUUCUACUACUCCCUCAAGAGAAGUGAGAUGAAGAUACGUCGCGUUUGAGAACCAAAAUGAUGUGCAGUCUCUUCCCAUUCCUCAUGUCAGCAGUAACUGGGAAGAUGCUCUAAGAUGGGUAAAUUGGUAACAUUUUUUUUUAAAAA